AUGUCCUAUAAACCACGCCCAAUCUUUCCCGUAGGGAAAAAGAAGAGAGAUCCUCGUGUUCCACAUGACCUGGCAUCACUGCCUCUAUGUACAACUCUUGUCGCUCUGAGGAAAAGUGGUAAAAGUGCAUUAGUCUGCGGUCUGAUUGAGGAUGUCUAUGCUAAAUUACACGAUCGAGUCAUUAUCAUGUCCGACACAGUCGAAUACGAUGCUUCUGUGAAGGUACUGGCUGAAACCACAAAACAUAAAAAUAUCUACUUUACAGAUGAGGUUUCCAAUGCAUCCAUUGCUAAAAUUGUAGAAGAACAGAAGAAAAUGCCUGAGAAGUCACUUCUAUUAUUCAUUGACGACGCUGGUGAUUCUGCGCAAAGUAAAGAACUCAACAAGGAGUUAUCGAAACUCUAUACAAAAGGGAGGCAUUUCAAUAUAGGAAAUAUUGUAGCCAUCCAGAGUGUAACCGGACAACUUUCACGUAAAAUGAAGAACUGCACCACCGAGUGGGUGGUGUUUAAAAACAAUGCAGAAGACAUGAAACUUUUAGCAAAGUUACUUGCUUCCGCCUACAAAGAUGAUAAAGAAGUUCUAACAUUUCUCACCGAGUGCACCAAAGAACCUUAUUCGUUUGCCUACAUCAAUAGAGAUGCUAGUGAUGCUAAAGGAAUGUAUCGUUACUGUGACUCCAGCGGGUUUCAUGAUUACUUUUAG